AUGUCACAUCAAGAAAGCAUAGACUCCCACAUCUCCCGCCGAGCCCAAACCGCCGCGGAAGAUUCAGCCAAGAACAUGAUGUGGGACAUAAUGAACGACACUUGGAACCCAACUAUUAGCCCCAAUGGCUACGUCAACGUCGGAGUAGCCGAGAAUGGUCUCAUGCACGACGAGCUCCUAAAAUUCAUCAACACCAACCUAGAGCUUCCGGCAAGGUUCCUCACCUACAAUGACGGAGGAGGCGGAUCAAACAGAUUGAAAAUCGCCAUGUCCAAAUUCCUCAAUAGACACUUCAAUCCUGUCAUACCGCUUAAUCAGAAUCAUUUCGUCAUCACGAACGGCGUUUCACCAGCAAUCGAGCAUGUCUCUUGGGUUUUCGCGGAUCCCGGUGAAGGAAUCCUACUAGGACGACCUUAUUAUGGUACUUUCAUUCCUGAUAUCAGUCAGCGGCCCGGAACGACAGUCGUACCUGUUAGUUUUGGGGAAUGUGAUCCUUUUAGCUUGGAAGCCGUGGAAAAGUACGAGGAAGCGCUGAAGUACUUCCAAAGACGCACCGGCAACAGAGUAAAAGGCCUGAUGCUUUGUCACCCGCAUAACCCGCUUGGGCGCUGCUAUUCACGUCCGGUACUCAUCGAGUUGAUGCGUCUUUGCCAAAAGUACCAGGUACAUUUGAUUAGCGAUGAAAUUUAUGCGCUGUCUGUUUGGGAAAAUACGGUCGAUGAGUCUCCGGCGCCGGUGGAAUUCGAAUCCGUUUUGUCCAUUAAUUUGGACGGCAUUAUCGAUCCUCAAUUGGUACAUGUGCUUUGGGGUAUGAGUAAGGACUUUGGCGCGAAUGGGAUUCGUCUAGGAGCUAUCAUUUCUCAGGCGAAUCGGGACCUUCACGAGGCGUUGAAGGGCGUUUCUUUGUAUUCUUAUACUUCUGGCAUUGCUGAUCAUUUGACUUCGUUGCUUUUGGAAGAUGAAGACUUUACGGAGACUUAUGUUAAAGAGAACCAGAAGAGAUUGUCGGUGGCUUAUGCGUUUACCGCGGAGUUUUUGAAGAGGAAUGAGAUUGAGUAUGCGCCUGGGGGCAAUGCUGCUUUCUUUUUAUGGGUCAAUUUGGGGAAGAGAUAUAGAGAGCUUCGACCUGAGAUAUCGGGGAAUGAUGAAGUAGGGGAAGUGGUUAUGCAGCGUUUGUUAGAGUAUAAGGUGUUUCUGGCUAGCGGUGGGUUGUUUGGUUCGGAAAAUGAUGGAUGGUUUAGGAUUGUCUUUUCACAUCCUCGGGAUUACUUGGAGGAGGCUCUUGGUAGGAUUGUCAGUGCUUUGCAGAAAUAG